GGGGGGACUGCGGGGACCGGUGUUGUGUGCCCCAGUCUGCCCAGCCCAACUCAUCCUGAUGCUGGGAGCUCUCCCUGUGAUGAGUAGACAGCGCUGAGCCACACAUUCCCCCAUUCUCAGGCAGUGUACCAGUGAGGGAGGGACUGGUGCUGUGAGAGAGGAAGAGGGAGAGAGGAAAAGAGAGAGAGAGAGCAGCUGCUACUGACGAUUUAUUGUUUUUUUCCCUUUUUUUUUUUUUCUGUCCAUUUAAACCCCUCUAUAGCUCAGUACAGUGACAAGCAGCCUGCUGAUCCACAGACCUGAGACAGCAGUGCAUUGUGCAGGAUGUAGUGAGGACAAGACCAGGAUCUGCCAGCAACAGCACCACCACCACCAGAGCCUGGAGCCAAACUCCUGGCACUGCCCAGCUGUGUGCAUCCAUCCCCAGGACCCUCUCAGGAUAACAGGAUUCCCACACUGGCACCAGGAUCCCCCCUCUCUGUGCCCAGGGUACCAGGAGUCACCCCUCCUGGCGCACCACCACUUGGACCCCCUUACCUGCUCCAAGGAUACCAGGAACCACCACACCACCCCCACUUGGCGCACCAAGCCACUUGGACCCCUGCGCACCUGCUCCAAGGAUACUGUACCAGGAGCUGGGCACUCUCAGGAUUUGGGGUUAGCAGAGCCAGGAUAUCAGGUCUACCCUUAGGAUACCACUGCCAGGAUAGUGUACAUUGCUGGAAAGUAAGCGCACGGGGGAAAGCGCGCAGCGCGUCUCGGUGGAUGAAGUUGGCAGAAGGGGGUGCGUUUAAACUUCUCAUCACCCGGAUUGCGUCCGCCUGGAUGGUGCAGCUGGGAUCUACAGGGGGAUGUGUAUAAUACAGGGUGCAGAGAGUAAGUUACACACCUGCUGCGGAACCCACAGCUAAGCCAAGGACCCGCUUCCAAAUCCCAUUCCCUGUGCCCCCAGGGUUCUGCCACCAUGAGCUCAGUCAGGCUGUAUGGAUGCGUCCUGCUGCUCCUCAUCUGCGCUUCAAGCAGCAGCCAGCGAGGCAACAGGAGGAAAACAGCGUCAGAAGUCUCUGCAAGUAACAGACAGAAGACAAAAGAGAGGACAACGGGCGCCACCUCCUCCACCAGAGACUGCCUACAGGCCGGGGAAGCCUGCAAGGUCAAUCCCAGCUGCAGCUUCAAUUUACGGACGCUGCGCCAGUGCAUAGCAGGGAACGGUGCCAACAAGCUGGCACCCAACGCCAAGAACCAGUGCAAGCGAACGGUGGACGCUCUCCACUCCAGCCAGCUGCACGGCUGCAAGUGCAAGAGAGGGAUGAAGAAGGAGAAGAACUGCCUGAAUAUAUAUUGGAGCAUUCACCACACCCUGAUGGAAGGUGUAAGUGUCUUAGAGAGCUCACCUUACGAAUCGUUUGUGAGGGGGUUUGAUUACGUGAGACUGGCUUCCAUCACAGCAGGUUCUGAGAAUGAAGUCACUCAAGUCAAUCGUUGCCUGGACGCCGCCAAAGCCUGCAACGUGGACGCCACCUGCCAAAAGCUACGGACAGAGUACGUUGCCCUGUGUAUACGUACCAUGACACGGACUGACUCCUGCAACCGCUCCAAGUGCCACAAGGCCUUGAGAAAGUUUUUUGACCGCGUGCCACCUGAGUACACCAACGAACUGCUCUUCUGCCCGUGCGAGGACAUGGCUUGUGCAGAACGGAGGCGACAAACCAUUGUGCCAGCUUGCUCGUAUGAAUCGAAAGAGAAGCCCAACUGCCUCAGCCCGCUGGACACUUGCAAGGGUGAUAUCAUUUGCAGGUCCCGGUUAGCGGACUUCCAAUUAGGCUGCCAGCCUUCUCCGCAGUCUGUGACCGGAUGUGCCCAGGAGAAUUAUGCCGCCUGCCUGAAGGCGUACACAGGAAUUAUAGGUAGUCUCAUCACUCCGAAUUACGUGGACAACUCAUCCUCAAGUGUUGCCCCCUGGUGCACCUGUAACACGAGUGGGAACCGGCAGGAGGAGUGCGAGAACUUCCUACACUUCUUCACAAGUAACAUCUGUCUCCAGAAUUCUAUUCAUGCUUUUGGCAAUGGAACCAAUCUUAACCUGGCGCUGAAUCCGUCCGUAGCCUCUACAACACCUGUGCACAAGGAGGAGAAGCAUAAUAAUGUCACUGUUCCUGCAGUCAAGGACAACGACAUAGUCCACGUACAGCCCACCAAGAUCACAAGAGAGGAGCCCUUUUUAGUAGGAACCAAUGAAAUCAAGUCAGAAGUCUUCAAUUCUCUGGUCCCUUCCUCCAGUUCCCCAUUGGCCAGCAGUGGAUGUUUCCUGCUCGUCGCUAUAUUAUUUCAGACCUAUAUCUGAAGACAGCUGAGAGUUUUCCUGUUUUAUCCUCCAAAAAAGAUAAUUGCUGGGAGAAAAAAAAACUGCGUGUCUUCUCUAUUUUAUUUUUUAAUUGUUAAUUCAUGGUAAUCAAACAAAACCGGGAAAAAAAAGUUCCCAUUUUCAUUUAUUGUCUUUUGAAUUGAUCGACACAUCUCUUCGCGUCUCAAGAGUUUGACUUUGCGGCUAUGUUUAAGAGAGAAGGCCUGGAGGAGGUCCCUGGUCAUAUGGAACAUUGCGCGGCGAUUCUGCCGGUGGUGCCUGGGACCUCUGAAACUACUGAGAUAAAAGACACCUGUCUAAUAGGACUCAGCAGAGCACAAAGGACAAGGGUGGUGUAUUUUGUACUGAAAUCAAAAUGAUUUACACGUACGAUGAAAUUGUUGAGAUUAUGUUCUUAAAUCAAAAUAGUGCGUAGGGGGAAAAUUGCAUAAAAAUGUACCUACUCUGUUUGCAUUAUCUGAACUUUUAUUUUUUCAAUUCUGGAGGAAGGGGGGGGGGCGGCUGUGUAAAUAUCAUGUAAUGGAUUUAUUGGUGAAGAAACGCGCAAGGACGGGCAGCCUAUAGUUUACAGGAUUGGGAUAUCUGCGUAUAAUGCUUUGGAGCCUCUAAAGUGUUUGUGCAGUACAGAUGCGCGAAGUUGCAGCAGAAUUUCGCAUAAACCUUGCACGGCACAGGCUGAUGCUGUGAAGUUCCGUUGAUACGAUCUUCGCAUCCCGCUUUUUCUCCGCCAUUCCACAGAAUGACCCUGCUACACUGUUAAUAUUAAUUUGCCUUCCGCAUUUAUAGUCCAUAAGUGUGAGCAGGCGAAAUGCGUUAGCUGUGUUCAGCGUGGAACACUUAUGGGAAAAUUCUGUCUGAGAUGUCUGACGCAUUUCGCUCCUUGUAGAGGAACAUUUUGGGCAUUCUUAUUGUGAACCUUUUUCAUGAUGGUCAUAUGUGGUGAUUUCUACAAGAUUGGACAUAUUGCUUUUCAAUUUUUUUUCAAGUUAUGUCAAAAAAAUCUUUUAGCACAAUGUGGCCCCCCUCCACCACCAAAUCCUUUUUUUCUUUAUGCAGAAGAGUUUAUUCUGAUCCACGCACAAUAUAAUUGUUAUUAACCUUGGGAUUAUUAUUUUUUUUCUUUUCUUUUUUUUAAAGUAGCAUUAAAUUGUACUAUUGAUCUCUGGGAGUCAAA